AUGAAGACAAUCCUACUUGUAUUGUUGAGUGUGCAGAUCUUAUUAGCAUAGGAUCCUUGGGUAACCCAUUAUACAGCAUUUACAUCAGCUGAAAUAAAUGACUUGGAUGGCUGGGUUGUAAAGAAAGCAUUUAAAGGAAACACUUUUAGCAAAUGUGACAAAGUCAGUUUGGUUGGUGGAUAUGGAGCUUUUGGUAAAGGAGCAACAGCUUUGAAAUAAUUAGCACUUCCACCUCAUUAUAAAUUAAAGAUCAAUGUACAAUUGUGGAAAAUUGAUAGUUGGGAUAACGAAAUAAUGUUUGUUUUGGUUGAUGGUUUCAUUUGGCAAGCAAAAUGGCACUAUUCUGAAGGAGCUAAUUUAUGUGGAGCAGCUAAUGAUUGGAAGGAAGCCUUUUAUAACAUUGAGUUUGAAGUUCCUCACAAUUCACCCACAGUGAGCAUAGUAUUGACAUCCAAUUUGGACGAAGAUGCUUUGAAUGAAUCAUGGGCAUUCAGAGAUUUCAAAUUGUCAUUCUAAAGAUGUCAUUCAGAAUGUGCAGUAUGUGGAGAUAAUAAACCAGAUAAUUGUUUCUUUUGGACAAAUGUAGCUACUAAUUGGAAUAAGUAAAUUUCAUUAGAAGGAUGGACAUUGGAUGGAGAAGGAAAGGCUGAAUCAAAUGAAUGUGCAGGAGUACAACUCUUUGGUGGUUAUGGAAAAUUAGGAAGAAAAGCCAAUUUAUGGAAGAGAUUCACUAAUUUACCACCUCACUUUUAAGUUAAGGUCAAGGUAUAAAUGUGGAAGAUUGAUUCUUGGGAUAAUGAGCUGUUCUUAAUGGAAAUUGAUGAUUAGGAGAAAUUCAGAUAAGCCUUUGCUUACAAUGAAGGAGUUGAUCUUUGUGGUGUUGAUACAAAUGCCAAAUAAGGAGAAGGAUGGGCUGAAAAGAUAGUUAAUAUCGAAAUUAAUGUCCCUCACAAAUUCCCUGAAGUCAAAGUCUUAAUGAAAUCUACAUUGGAUGAACCACCUGAGAAUGAAUCAUGGGGAGUUAGAGAUUUCCAAUUAUUCGCUGCUCAAUGUUUCAAAGGAUGCACAGGUUGCACUGGACCAGCUAAAUCUGAUUGUACUUCAUGUGGAUAAGGUUUCGAUCUUGUCAAUGGUGAAUGCAAAGAAGGAAUUAAAUGGAUGACAUUGAACAGAUUCUUCUUUAAUGAUGAAUAAGAUUUCUAAGGAUUGUAUGAUUGGGUUCCAUCAAGUGUAUUCCAAAAUUAAAAUCCAUUUUCAACUUGCGGAUAAAAGAAAUUGUUUGGUGGUUAUCAAAGAUUUGGUGCCAAGGGUAAGGCUGAGAGAAAUUUCAAUCUUCCCAAACAUUCAAGACUCAGAAUAUAAUUCCAAUUCUGGAAGAUAGAUUCAUGGGAUGAUGAGAAAUUCUAACUCUUCGUUGAUGGCAAGGUAGUCUUUGAAAGAUCAUUUGGAUUCAGCACUCCAGGACAAGCCAAAAUCUGCGGAGCUCCUUAAAGCACUUGGAUGACUUACUUCUUCAAUGUUGAUGUCAUUCUUGAACACACUAAUCCUACUGCCAACGUUGUCUUAACUUCCACCUUAGACUAAGCUGCUGAUGACGAAUCUUGGGGUUUCAGAGAAUUCCAAAUCCUUUAUGAAUUAAAAGAAGAUUGUGUUGAAUUGUAUACUGAAUGUGGAUUCAAGGGAACCAAAUUUGAUGUCUGUAGAGACACUCCAUCACUUGCUAGAGAAAAGAUCAGUUAAGUUAAAUCAAUUAAGAUUCCUCCCGGAGUUGUAGUCUAAGGUUUUGAUGAAGAGGUUUACAAAGGAAAGACUGUGAAGUUUUCAUAAAGUUAAGAUUGCUUAGAAGAAAUCCAAUUUUCUUUCAUCCAAAAAAAGUUUGAAAUCAUCUAAGCUGAUGAUUCUGUCCUUGCUGCAAAUUUAAGACGUAUCAGAUUUGAUUGAUAUAAAAUAAAUAAAAUUAAUAUUUUAUAAGUUCUUUC